AUGUCCAGUACAUUGGGUAUCAAUUCAAGUUCUUCUAGCUUUCUGCUUACAGGGUUCCCUGGCUUAGAGUGGGCCCACCACUGGAUCUCUAUACCUGUCUUCUCUGUGUACCUGGUUGCCAUAGUGGGCAAUGCCACAAUCAUCCACAUUGUCCGUACAGACCCCUCCCUGCACCAGCCAAUGUAUUACUUCCUGGCGAUGCUGGCAAGUACAGACCUAGGCCUGUGUGUGUCUACCAUGCCCACAGUGCUGGGAGUUCUGUGGCUUGAUCUCCAUGGCAUCCACCUCUAUGCCUGUGUCCUUCAACUCUAUGUUGUCCAUUCCUUCUCCUUCAUGGAAUCAGCCAUGCUCUUUGCCAUGGCCUAUGACCGCUUUGUUGCCAUCACCAACCCACUGAGGUAUCCCACCAUGCUCACCAGAUCCCGGGUGGUGAAGAUCACAGUAGUACUAGGGCUCCGGAGCACCAUGCUUAUCAUACCUCCAGUCUUACGGCUGCUCUGGCUCUCCUAUUGCCACCAGAACACCCUCUCCCACUCUUAUUGCUUGCAUCAGGAUAUGAUCCACCUUUCCUGCUCUAAUAUACGAUUCAACAGCUUUUACGCCUUGACUGUCAUCUUACUCUCCAUGGGGUCAGACUUUCUCUUCAUCCUACUCUCCUACAUCAUGAUCUUUCACUCUGUUUUGGCCAUUGCUUCCCAUAAGGAGCAGCUCAAGGCCCUUAAUACAUGUGUGUCCCACAUCCUGGCUGUUCUGUGCUUCUAUGUGCCAGUGCUGGGCCUUUCAAUUGUUCACCGGUUUGCUAGGCAUUCCUCACCCAUCAUACACAUUGUGAUGGGCAAUGUCUACAUCCUCUUCCCACCUCUGAUGAAUCCUAUCAUCUACAGCAUCAAGACCCAACAGAUCCGUAGGGCUAUUAUCAGGAUCAUCUCUCUGAGACAGGCCAGAUAA